AUGAUAUGUCAAAGCGCCAUUUUUUCUCCCAGAAAAAAAAGUGUUCUUUUGAAGAUUUUCUUAAAAUAUCGCCAUUCCUGUUUCAUUUCCUUCCUGCAAGCAAUUCUGCCAUUUUGUUUUCCGAUUUUGUCUUUUGCUCGUUUUCUUUCUUUUUCUUUCUUUUUUUUCUUUUCUUUCUUUCUUUCUUUCUUUCUUUCUUUUUGUCCAUGUUCGAUUCGCUUUUCUUUACUUUCUUCCUCUAUUAUUUCAAUUGAUUUUCAUUCCAAUAUUUAUCAUUACACUUUAGCUUUCUUCGAUUUCUCUCUCUUUCUCCUUUUUCACUAUCUUAUAGUGUAUCUCUUUUUAUGCUUUCUUCUAUUUCCCCUUUUUCCUUCUGUUUAUUCUCUUAUGCUGUAUCGUUUUCUACAACUUUUUUCUCCUCCUCGAUUUCUUUCUUAUAUAACGGACCGAUUUCUACGAUUUCUUCUGUUUUUCUCCCCCCGCUCUUUUUUACUGUAUCUCUUUCGGAUUUCUCUUUAUCACCACUCCUUUGCUUUUUAUAACGUAUCUCUUUCUAUACAUUUUCCUCCCUUACCUCUUUUAUUUCUCUUAUGUCAUCGCUCUUUACUAUUUUUAUUAUUUCUUUACUCCUCGUUUUCUUUCAUAGCGUCUCAUCUUUUAUUUCUCUUUCUUCCUUUUUUUUUUCAAACGACUCAUUUCCUUACGCAUACGACUAAUUCUCUUUCCACUCGAUUUUAUUUAUUUUAUAAUGUUUCUCAUUUUCUUUCAUUUUUUUCCUUUUGCUUCUUUUCUAAAUCCUCCCUUUCAAUUCAACGGAUGUUCAUGCUUUCUGUACCAUAUCACAUUUUUAUCCUUCAUACAUUUUAUUCUUACUGUUCUCACACUCUUCUUCGCCUCCUGUUACUUCUCUCCCACUGUUUAAACCUUUCUGUAAUUGACCAUUUGCAUCGAUUUUGA